AUGGAUGUUGAUGCAGAUGGCUUUAGGCCUGUUUUAUGGAUAAAUAUAGUCGAAACGUCCUUCGAAGGACCGAUGAAUUCAUCACUGUCCCCACCUCGGUGCCUGAUAGUUGACGAUAAUUUGAAUGAUUACGAAAGCGAUGGCAAUCAUCCCAUGAAUGUGGAAGAUGACUGUGUGCAUAUGGAAGAUGUUUCAUCGGACUCACAAGAUGUGGAAGAAGACUAUGGAACGGGAUCCCAACCACUCAAAAUUUUACUAGACGGAGCAGUGGUGAGGCUGUCUUUUGAUUAUCGUAUGGAGAAGAGCUGCACUAAAUUAUUGAAGGUGAAAUGCGUAUCUCCUAGUUAUGACUGGUUGUUAAGGGAAAGGAAGUAUGAAACCUCAGACAGAUUUCACAUAUACAAGUAUGUCGUGGAGCACACGUGCGGUGUUGAGCACGCCACCCACAAGCACAAGAAAAUGACAUCCGAAUUGAUUGCUUCACUAUGCGUAAAUUAUUUUUGGGAUGGUAAGGGUCCAAGCAUAAAUGAAAUUCAAAGGAUUGUGUUAAAGGAGUUGCAUUGCCAUGUAAGCUACUGGAUGUGUUGGAAAGGAAGUGUAAUUACGAAGAAUAUUAUUUGCGGGACACCGAAGCACGGAUAUGCUUGUUUGCCAGUUUUUUCCCAUAUGGUGGAGUUGUUGAAUCCAGAGUCUUCCUACUCUAUCAUGGUAAACCAGAUUGAUGGAUCGUUUGUUUACUACUUCUUAGCAUUUGGAGCUUACAUAUGGGUAUAUGCGUACAUGAGAAAGGUAUUUGCCAUUGAUGCACAUUUGUAUGGAAAGUACGGGGGCGUGUUGCUGAGUGCAGUUGCACAGGACACCGAAAAUCACAUCUUUCCAAUUGCCUUUUGCACAUUAGCAUCGCCAAUUCCUUCUCUCGGGUAUACAGUCGUGCACAUCACGGACUUUUCAUGA